AUUUUCUACACGAUCACCACUUUCGAUCAAGGACAAUGAUAAGCUAACUUUUACUAACAUGAACCUGAAGGGUUGUUGUCGAAGUUUUGUUAAUACACGUCAACAUUCUAUUUAAUCUUUUUACUACAUUAACCUGACCCUGGAUAUACGCAUGGAUUUUCUGGAAGAUAGCUGUUUAUCAACAAGUGUCAUGGUCAAGUCAUAUAAAAAGCCAUGCCAAACAAGCACUCGAUAUCAUUUUUUGCUGGCUGGUCGUUAUUAUUCACCAUCAUCAUUAUCAUCAACAUUUUAUUAUUUUGCAACACAAUUUUUUAGAUAUGACCAAGAACGACCAAAUCGCGUCGUUGCGAUACCAUUUAAAGAAUUUGUUCGUAUCGAUCGACUCUGGAAAUGAUUUGAAAUUCAUCCAGAACUACGAAAAAUAUGUUGGCAAACUCGUCAAAUUUAUGAAGAGAUAUAGAUAUUACGCAAUGAAUCUCGAAAUGUUCGACGCCGUGCAAAAAGGUGGAAGCUUUGAUCAGCUCACCAGAAAUUUCGUCAUUGAUCAAAGAAUCAUUGAGAUCCAAAUUUGAUCGUGCAAAUGAACUUGCUGCUGGUUUUUCAGAGUUAAUACCGAAAAGAACAUUUGACGAGAAUAAUGCCAUUGUGAAAUCAAUGCAUGCAAUCCAAAGAGGCGAAAUCUCUUCGGCAAAUUGCUGCAGCAAGGAAUUUUGCAGUCACGUGUCAUUAUAUCAACAUAUCGUUGCUGAUCAUUCGAAUUUCUAUGUCGACGACAGUAUUCCUCAGAAUGAAUCGCCCGAAAAAAAUCUAAGAAAAUCACGAUCAACACCAUCAGAUUUAGCGUCUCAAGCAAAUCAAAGAGUCGAAUCAACUGGAUGUAUGGAGAAAAAAUCAUCACCAAUGUGUUCAACGUUCGGCGUUGAUAAUCAUGAAACAAACUUAUCUCAACCAACGAUCAUCUAAUGGCGAAAAAAUAACUGUAACAAAAAUUUUUGAUCAUAACGUAAACUGUUCGCCACAGCAACAAUCAUCUUCAGUUGAAUCAAUGAAUGGAUCAUCUCAAGCAUUGGCCGAUUCAAAUGAUGACAAUUCUUCAGUCCGAUCAUUGUUACAACAAGAAGAGAAUCGUAAACUUUUGAAAGAUUAUGAUUAUCAAUAUCGAUGCCUCGAUCUUAUAGUCAAAACACUUAAGGAUAAGAAAGCAUCAAAGCUAACUCUUCAUCGCUUGACGCAAGAAGUUAAACGCGUAUUUAAAGAUUGGUUAUUUCCAUUGAAUGAUAAUUUUUAUCCAUUAUUUCUAUUCGAUAAAGAUGCUGAUGUACAUUUCGAAUUUUUCAUUUUGGAUCCAGAAUCACCAGUCAAUAUUACUAAUCGAUCACCAUGUUCGGACUUGCGAAUUUUUGAACUGUCUAAAUUAAUCUAUUCAUUUGUCUAUGAAUAUUGUAAAACUAUUUCUGAAUAAUAGCUUUUUUUAAAACUUUUGUUUUGUUAAUGAAUAUAAAUUUUUUCGUAAAAAAUAUUUAUUUAAAACUAUC